UAUGUGUAUGUUGUCUAUGGCCUUGUGACUAUUCUAAACAAAUAUAUGCAGAAUUUCCUCGACAGCAUAUCCCAAGGGGUGACCCCUAACAAAGAAAUAGAAAAGGACGUCCUUCCAAUUAAAUUCGCGUAUUUCGCUUUAAGAACAAAACCCCAGUGAGUUAGUUUGUGCCUGACAGGAUAAACUCGGGGAAUAUCGUGUAUACGGCCACCUCGCCAUUUUCCUCCAGCUAGCCGCCUAGCUAUCUUCCCAACACAUCUUCGUGCUUUUCCACACUGGCCGUCAGGGAGGAUACAAACAACUCUUUACCAUAGCUAGUUGAACUUUAUACGGUUCCCGUCGACAUGGACGAGGAAUAUUAUAGCGGCCCGGGGGACUGGGAAGGCCCGGACGGUAACACGGAGGAUGCAUACGUUGAUGUUGAGAAUCUGGGCAAAAUCCAAGAGGAUUGUCUGAAGAAGUUUUCCAGCAGGGAUUACAUCAUGGAGCCUGCCAUCUUUAACACCCUCAAAAUGUACACACCCAUCCGUGUGUUUCCUCCCAGUUUCAGGUAUUUCCAGGCGGGUGGUUCUCCAGAACAUGUCAUCCAGCUUCUGUCGGAAAACUACUCUGCCGUGGCUCAGACUGUGAACCUGCUGGCCGAGUGGCUCAUCCAGAUGGGUGUCGAACCUGCGCAAGUACAAGAACGAGUUGAAAAUCACCUGAAGAGUCUGCUGAUAAAACACUUCGACCCUCAGAAAGCAGAUUCUAUUUUCACCGUAGAGGGAGAGACUCCUGCUUGGCUGGAGCAGAUGAUCGCUCACACGACUUGGCGAGACCUCUUCUACAAGUUGGCCGAGGCUCAUCCUGACUGUUUGAUGCUCAACUUCACUGUCAAGCUGAUUUCAGACGCGGGUUACCAGGGUGAAAUCACCAGUGUGUCAACGGCAUGCCAGCAGCUGGAGGUUUUCUCUCGAGUACUGAGGACAUCUUUAGCCACUCUGCUGGAUGGAGGAGAGGAGAACCUGGAGAAGAACCUGCCAGAAUUUGCUAAAAUGGUGUGUCACGGUGAGCACACUUACCUCUUCGCUCAGGCGAUGAUGUCAAUCCUGGCGCAGGAAGAGCAAGGCGGCUCCGCUGUGCGCCGGAUCGGUCAGGAAGUACAGAAGUCGGCACACAAGAGGGGCCACGACGCCAGUCAGAUAACGCUUGCGCUGGGUACAGCAGCAGCCUACCCUCGUGCCUGCCAGGCGCUGGGUGCUAUGCUGUCCAAAGGAGCCCUGAAUCCGGCCGAUAUCACGGUGCUGUUUAAGAUGUUCAGCAGCAUGGACCCGCCUCCUGUGGAGCUGAUCAGAGUGCCCGCUUUUCUGGACCUCUUCAUGCAGUCGCUGUUCAAGCCCGGCUCCAAGAUUAACCAAGACCACAAGCACAAAUACAUCCACAUCCUGGCCUACGCUGCCAGUGUGGUUGAGACGUGGAAAAAGAACAAGCGUGUCAACAUAAAUAAGGAUGAACUAAAGUCGUCCUCCAAGGCCAUCGAGACGGUGCACAACCUUUGCUGCAACGAGAACAAAGGCGCCACAGAGCUGGUGGCCGAGCUUGGGACUCUGUACCAGUGCAUACGGUUCCCAGUGGUGGCCAUGGGAGUUUUGAAGUGGGUGGACUGGACCGUGUCUGAGCCGCGCUACUUUCAGCUACAGACUGAUCACACCCCUGUCCACUUGGCUCUGCUGGAUGAGAUCAGCACGUGCCACCAGCUGCUCCAUCCUCAGGUCCUCCAACUACUCAUCAAGCUCUUUGAGACGGAACACUCGCAGCUCGACGUGAUGGAGCAGUUGGAGCUCAAGAAGACCCUCCUGGACCGGAUGGUUCAUCUGUUGAGUCGUGGUUACGUUCUUCCCGUGGUUGGCUACAUUCGCAAGUGUCUGGAAAAGCUCAACACCGACAUCUCCCUCAUUCGCUAUUUUGUCACCGAGGUUCUGGACGUGAUCGCACCGCCGUACACGUCGGACUUUGUUCAGCUCUUCUUGCCCAUCCUGGAAAACGACAGCAUCGCAGGAACGAUUCGGGCAGAAGGAGAACAUGACCCCGUCGCGGAGUUUAUUGCUCAUUGCAAGUCAAAUUUCAUCAUGAUUAAUUAAGGACAUUCUGCAUCAUAAAGAUCUGAUGAAGCACACCUCUCGGACUGGCCAGUGAGAUGAUGCGACUUGGGACUUUUUGUGGCCAUUGUAGUCAACUUCUUGAUCUGAUC